CUUAUCGACUGUGCACAAUCGAAUUGCUAGCGAAUGACUCCGCCGUUUCGAAGAGCAGCAGGCACAGAGAAGUCAGAUUGAGUGUCGUAAGGAAAGAUGGGUCAGAAUCAAUCUGGAACUGGUGGCAGUGGAGGAGACAAGAAGGAUGACAAGGAUAAGAAGAAGAAGUAUGAGCCGCCGAUUCCUACGAGAGUGGGUAAAAAAAAGAGGCGUACUAAGGGGCCGGAUGCAGCUCUGAAAUUGCCACAAGUGACUCCUCACACGCGUUGUAGACUGAAAUUGUUAAAAAUGGAGCGCAUAAAGGAUUAUCUACUGAUGGAGGAGGAGUUUAUUAGGAAUCAGGAGCGCCUGAAGCCGCAGGAGGAAAAGAAUGAGGAAGAGAGAUCGAAAGUGGACGAUCUUCGUGGUACACCAAUGUCCGUUGGAACAUUGGAAGAAAUAAUUGAUGACAAUCAUGCGAUAGUGUCUACCUCGGUUGGCUCCGAGCAUUACGUAUCCAUCUUGUCAUUUGUGGACAAAGAUCAAUUGGAACCUGGUUGUUCUGUAUUGUUAAAUCAUAAAGUUCACGCUGUUGUUGGCGUUUUAGGAGAUGAUACAGAUCCUAUGGUUACAGUGAUGAAACUUGAAAAAGCUCCUCAGGAGACCUACACUGAUAUCGGAGGUCUUGAUACUCAAAUUCAGGAGAUUAAGGAAUCCGUAGAAUUACCAUUAACUCAUCCAGAAUAUUAUGAGGAAAUGGGUAUUAAACCUCCGAAAGGUGUGAUACUUUAUGGACCACCUGGCACAGGGAAGACACUGCUUGCCAAGGCUGUGGCUAAUCAAACAUCGGCUACAUUUUUGAGGGUUGUUGGUUCUGAACUUAUACAGAAAUAUUUAGGGGAUGGUCCAAAGCUUGUAAGAGAGCUUUUCAGAGUUGCCGAGGAGCAUGCUCCUUCUAUUGUCUUUAUAGAUGAAAUAGAUGCGGUAGGCACGAAAAGAUACGACAGCAAUAGUGGAGGCGAAAGAGAGAUUCAAAGAACUAUGUUGGAAUUGCUUAAUCAAUUGGACGGUUUUGAUAGUAGAGGCGAUGUGAAAGUGGUUAUGGCUACUAACAGAAUAGAGACCUUAGAUCCUGCUUUAAUUAGACCGGGUCGAAUCGAUAGGAAAAUAGAAUUCCCGCUGCCAGAUGAGAAGACUAAAAGAAGAAUCUUCAAUAUUCACACAAGCAGAAUGACUUUGGCGCCUGACGUGAAUCUUGCGGAAUUAAUUAUGGCAAAGGAUGAUCUUUCUGGUGCGGACAUCAAGGCAAUAUGUACCGAGGCUGGUUUAAUGGCUCUACGUGAACGACGUAUGAAGGUUACCAGCGACGAUUUUAAGAAAUCCAAGGAAAGUGUGUUAUAUCGGAAGAAGGAAGGUUCUCCCGAGGGAUUAUAUUUAUAAAAAAAAAAUUCAUUAUCACUUAUCUCUGUAUUGAAUCGCGAAACUGUUCGAGUGUCUCAAUAAAAAUUUCUA